AUGGUUUUUCCAAGAAUCCCUGCUGAGAGAUCGCCUAAUUCAUCCCUAGCCCGCCUAAACGAUGCUCUCGCUUCGUCCAUCAAGGAAGACCACCACCACUAUUCACAGCUCCUCCGCAACUGCUGCCAAUCCAAAUGCCUCCACGACGGCCAGCGUCUCCACGCGGAGAUCCGAGCCAAGAAUCUCGACACCGGCACUAUACUUGGGAAUUUUCUCGUCAAGAUGUACGCAAGCACCGGCAGCAUCGCCUUGGCAUCUGCCGCAUUCGACCACAUUCGCCAGAAGAACCUCCACUCUUGGUCAUUUCUCGUUUCAGCAAAUGCCCGGAGUGGGCAUAUUGUCGAUGCGGCGUCAAUCUUCCACAAGAUGGCGCUUCACAGUGUCUACUCCACAACUGUGAUGAUCCUUGGCUACUGCCAAAACUCCCAGCUUGUCCAUGCAAGGUCUCUUUUUGAUGAUAUGCCCAGUAGAGACAGUGUGUGUUGGAAUGCCAUCAUCACAGCAUAUGCCCAGGCCGGGCAUGUUUCCCACGCCAUGGAAGUUUUCUACAAGACCCCUCUCUUGGAUAGAAUCUCGUGGAACUCUUUAAUGUCAGCAUACUGUCGAGCUGGUCAAAUUGCCCAGGUAAAAAAUAUAUUCGAUGAGAUGCCGGACAAGGAUGUGGUUUCUUGGAAUGUUGCCGUAGCGGUAUAUGCCAUGUCCGGGGAUAUUCGCAGUGCGAAGCUCUUCUUUGAGAGAAUGGCUUGCGAGGAUCUAUUCUCUCGGAACACCAUGAUAAACGCCUAUGCGCAAAACGGGCAUUUUCAAGACGCUGCGAAGCUGUUUGAGUCGAUGGAGUGGAAGAACACGGUGACUUGGAACACGAUGAUCCGAGCUUUCACUCAGUCCGGCGAUCUGGAGGGCGCGCGAGGCUACUUCCAUCGAAUGCCGUCUGGUCGUGAUCUAGUGUCCUGGACUUUGCUGCUGCAAACGUUUCCAGGGAGCGACGAGAGCGAUGGCCGGAGCGUCAAGGAUGCGUUCUGGAAGAUGCCCAGCCACGACAGUGUCUGCUGGACUGUGAUGCUCGCGGCCUACGCGCAGAACGAGCACCAGGCCGGUGACGCGAAGAUGGUCUUCGAUCGAAUGCCCAGAAGAGACGUCGUGUGCUGGACGAGCCUGAUCACGGCCUGUGCUCGAGCCGAGCUCUUCGACUUGGCGAGAGCGGUGCUGGAGAGGAUGCCUGGCUGUGAUGCUCUCUCCUGGGCGGCUCUGGCUUACGGCUUCGCUCAAAAGGGACUGCUCGAGGAGUCGCGGGACGUCUUGGAAGCCAUGCCGGAGCUCGACUUGGUCGUGUACACGGUGGUGAUGCAGGCUCACAGCUUGAGAGGCGAGAUCGAGCAGACCAAGCGGAUGUUUGACAGCCUCCCGGUUCGCAGCGCCGUCGUGUGGAACAUGAUGGCUACUUGCUUCGUCCACAAUGGCUGCCAGAGAGAAGCUGUGGAGGUGUUCAAGUUGAUGGACUUGGAUGGCUUCCUUCCGGACGAGAGCUCCUUCUCCACGGCCUUGAACGCGUGUGGAAGCCUGUCACUGCUUGCCGAAGGAAGGAGGAUCCACGUCGAAGCUGUAGAGACCGGCCUCGGCUGCAACACUGUGGUGGCCAGCGCGCUCCUGUCCAUGUAUAGCGAGUGUGGAGCUCUUCCCACGGCCCGGAGUGUGUUUGAUACCAUGCCCCGGCCGAACGAAGUGACUUGGAACUCGAUGAUCGGAGCUUACGCUGCGAAUGGUCAUGGCCGAGAGGCGCUGGAGCUAUUCCAAGCCAUGAAGCUCGAGGGAGUGGACGUUACCAGCAUAACUUUCGUCAAUGUUCUCUCUGCGUGUAGCCACACCGCCAGUGCUGCGGCCGCGUCCGAGGCUUGGUUCUUCUUCUUGUCGAUGCAGCAGGACUUUGGGAUCGCUCCAAAGAAGGAUCACUUUGUCUGCGUAGUCGACGCUCUUUGCAGGCGUGGGAAGCUGCGGGAAGCGGAGGAUCUCAUCAAUACCAUGCCGUUUGAGCCAGACGACAUCGCGUGGAUGACUUUGCUGGGGGCUUGCCGGAGGAACGCCAGUGCCGAAUGCGGCCAGCGAGCAGCCGAGCGGCUCGUGGAGAUGAGCCCGGAGUUUCGAGCCGCGGCAUGCGUGAUGCUGUCCAACACCAACGUCGAAGCUGCAAACUCGGACGAUGUUCUAGCCUCGUGCUGCUAG